GAUGGUGAUCAUGUGACCUGGUCCUUAUCACUGAACUAAGUGAAGUGAAGAUACAGUCUCCAUCUUCAGGAGCAGGUUGUUUGAAAUGCCCUGAUGCUGAGUGCUCUGUGGGGCUGAGUAAAGAUGAGUGGCUCUGGUGUAUCUGUGUUUGUAACGGUGCAGAAGAUCUACUACCCCCUGCUCUGCUCUGUGGGAAUCCCAGCCAAUCUCUUCACGUUCUACAUGAUCUGCUUCCGUAAGUGCGGCAUGUCUGAAACUGCCAUGGUGUACCUGAGUUGCUUGGCCAUUGUGGACAUCUUCUACCUGGUCUGGGUCAUCCUUAUUGACCUGACUCUUACUUUCUGGGUGUUGCAGCCCUUCUGGCACUCCCAUCCCUGGUGUGGUAUCUUGGGCUUUCUGCAGUAUGGGUCCCUCUACAGCUCGUCGUGGAUCGUGGUGGUGUUCACCAUUGAGCGCUACCUGGUCCUGCGCAGCACCCGAGCUAAGCAGCACUUCUCUAAAGCUGGCCUUACCAAGCUAAUGUGCGUGGGGAUUGUGCUAACAUCUCAUCUUGUCUCUGUACCUUUGGGAUGGAUCAAUUUUGUGUCCACAGUAGACAUCACAACAAAUGGACUGAACGUGUCAUUGCCCAGGUGCCACUACCGGGAUGCCACCUAUAGCACUGUUAUUGUGUGGAUAACUACUUUUCUGUCUGGGGGUGUGCCCAUUGUGCUGGUCAUUAUUUUUAACUACCUGAUUGGGUACCACCUGUCCCGGGCAAGUAACCUCUUCACCAAAGAAGAGCGGCGGGUGAUGCAUAGCCGCAGCCGGGGUGUUCUCCGGAGGACACUGCUGCUGCUGGGCACCGUAUCUGUGGCCUUUGUGGUACUCAGCCUGCCUCGCUUUGUCACAUACUGCAUCCUCAGAACUAAGUACAAUAAAGAAGACUUUGACCGCAACGACUACAGGAUCCCCAUCAACGUGGCCGGGGACGUGGCCAACAUGCUCCAGAACUUGAACUCCACCACCAAUUUUUUGCUGUAUUGCAUGGUCAGCCGGAGAUUUCGCAGGGAAAUAGUGAGCGCACUAACCUGCUCAGUCAAGGCUCGACAGCACGUUUCUGCGCUCACCUACAGCACGAUGAAAGUGUUCUCCGUGGCGGAGCGCAGAGCACCUCCUAGUGACAGUCCUGCCACUGUUGUGUUGACUAAUAUAAAACUCACGGACUGACCUCAUCUAUAUUUAAUACUGUAAAGCUGUAUUUCACUCAGUAAUGUGAUCGAAAUGCGCCAUUAAAGGGAACAUAUUAGGCAACGUAAAAAUUCAUUUAGAUUGACUUGGGCGUUUUACCAUGUUAUAAUGGUGUUUCAUCAACUGUAUUAUGAUUUAUCCAUACAUGUUUGAUUAAUCCUGUAUUGUCUUGUACUCAAGGCUCAGACAUUUGCCUCUUUAUACCUAUC